AUGCCGCCAGCCGCGCCGAGCCCGGACCCGUACCGCGACUGGGCCGACCUGCCGGAGCUGCCGCUGGCGGAGGUGCUCCGCCGCCUCCUUCCCUGCAUCCGCUCGCUCUACGCCUUCGCGGGGACGUGCCGCCCCUGGCGACACCUGCUCCGCGCCUCCGCCGCCGAUCUCAUCCGCCCCCGCAUCCCGCCGCUCCUCCUCCUCUGCCCCGACUUCCGACUGGUGCCCUUCUCCCCGCUCGUCGUCCCCCAAUCCCUCUCGUACCCCAUCCCCGCCCUGGCGGAGGGCGCCACGCUCCUCUCCGCCUCACGCGGCCACCUAAUCCUCCUCCGCCGGGGCUCCUUCAACAGCCUACACCUCGUCGACGCCCUCACCGGCGCCGAGCGCCGCGCGCUCCAGCUCCCUUCCCCGCACUUCCCCUAUCACUACGCAGCGCUCACGCCCUCCCACCUCCUGCUCUUCCACUCCAUGCACGCCUUCUUCUCGCUCCCCUUCCCCGAGCAUCCAAGCCCCAACAACAUCAACGCCCGCCCCGACUGGACCAAGCACGCCCUCCCCCGCGCCGCCUCCAUCGUCACGACCGUCAUCGAAUUCCGCGGGCGCGUCCUCGGCCUGACCGACCGCGCGCAGAUACUGGAGUUCCACCUUGGUGGCGCCCCUUCGAACCAGGCAGCCCGACUGCUGCCAACCACCGGCCUUCCGGACGCCACCAGAUUCGACAGAUUGCAAUUCGGGCCGCAUUUGGUUGCUGCCGGGAAUCGGCUGCUGCUGGUGCUCUUCAUGUUUGAAGCAAACUUGGCCCCCCUGGUGUUCCGUGCGCCCAGGGUGAACAAGAUCGGUGUGUAUGCGCUUGAUUGGGCGCGCAUGAUGUGGGAGGAAGUGGACAACAUUGGGGCUUACACCUUGUUCGUGGACAUUGCCGGGAGGAGCACGGUGGCUUGUGUGGACGUGGGGAACUGCGGAGUGGAGGAGAACCGAGUUUAUGUUGGCGUGCCCAACUCCCGUGCCUGGAGGAGGCCACUACCACCAGGGUGGGAGGCAUCACCCAACGUUGAAGGGCUUGGACUGAACUCGAGGGAGACGAUGGCGUGCCGACCAUUGGCAUCACCGAUAUCGGUUCAUCCACGUCUUUUCUUUUGA